AUCAAAAUGGCGUCAACAACGAGAACUAUUUUGUUUGUGAAAAUUAUUGCGUUUUGUGUGUGGUCUACAUUAGCUGCUACCAAUGAAGAUGUCGGACUUAACGUUUAUGAAAUUAUCAAUAAAUAUGGCUACGAUUACGAAUUGCAUCCGGUAACUACUGACGACGGAUACAUUUUGGAACUUCAACGUAUUAUUCCUCGUGGUGAAACAGGAACCAAUCGUCCUCCUGUACUUUUAAUGCAUGGUCUUCUGUCAUCUUCUGCUGACUGGGUUAAUACUGGUACUCAUAGUUUAGCCUUCAAACUGGUUGAUCUUGGAUUUGAUGUUUUUCUUGGCAACGCACGUGGUACGACAUCUAGCCGUAAACAUGUCACUCUUGAUCCUGAUCAAGACGCAGUUGAAUUCUUUAAUUUUACAUGGCAUGAAAUUGGUUACUAUGACUUACCUGCAAUGAUUGAUUACAUUUUGGAGAUAACUGGGGCUGAACAAACUCAAUAUGUGGGUUUUUCACAGGGAACUACUGUUUUCUUUGCUAUGGCUUCCUCUCGGCCGGAGUAUAAUGCUAAGAUUAAACUGAUGACUGCUUUGGCUCCAGUUGCAGAAAUGCAUAAUUUUAAAAACCCUAUUAUUAAACUUGCUGCCAAGUUUGAAGGUGUUAUUGAAUUUGCUCUUAAAGCAUGGAAGAUGCAUGAACUUUUGAGGUAUGGGAAGAUUUUUGAGGUUUUAGGUGAAGAACUUUGUGAUGAUGGUAAACCCACUCAAGAGCUUUGUAAAAUUUUGUUGUUUGCUAUUGCUGGGUAUGAUAGGGAACAACUAGAUGGUGCAUUUAUUCCGGUAAUUACUUCUAAUGCUCCUGGAGGUGUGUCUGUUGGUCAAUUGACCCACUAUCUGCAAAUUAUAAAUGGGGAUGGAGUUAUGCGUCGAUACAACGAUGGAAAAUCAGCAGAUUUACCGGAAGCAUAUGAUCUUUCUUUGAUUUCAGCACCAGUUGCACUUUACUAUGGUGAAAACGAUUGGCUUUCUUCUGAGAAGGAUGUGGAACAUCUUGCGGACACUAUGCAGAACUGCGUCCGUAGACGUCUGAAUUCUUUAAAGGCCAUGAACCAUAUUGAUUUUCAGUGGGCCAUUGAUGUUGUUGAAUUGGUUUUCAAUGACGCUAUUGAACUUAUUGUUGAAUAUAAAUAAAAGUCAAUAAUUAAUUAAA